UAUGGCAGAUCAACUUGUUUUAGGAUAUUGGGGAAUCAGAGGAUUGGCUCAACCAUGUAUGAAUUAAUAUCAUUCCUUUAGUGAGAUAUAUGUUAGAGUACUUGGGAUUACCAUAUGAAGAUAAAAGAUACCUCAAACCUGAAGAAUGGUUUGGAGGACUUGCUUAAGCUCCAUUCAAUACCCACGUUCUUGUCAACCUCCCAUAUAUUAAAGAUGGUGAGAAGUAUGUCUACGAGAGUGCUGCUCUUUAUGUCUAUUUGGCACAUAAGGCUAAUAGAGCUGAUCUCUUGGGAUCCACACCAGAUGAAUAAGUAGCUGUAGCUUAAGUGAGAGGUGUUAUCUAAGAUGCCUUAAAAGGUUUCUUCCACCUUAUUACUCUCCCUGAGGAUCAAUAUGCAGCCAAGAAAGAGGAAAUUUAUGCCAAUGAAGUCGCUUGGUUAAUUGAAAGAUUAGAUAAAUUUAUUGAUGGAAAGACUUGGGCAGCUGGAGCCAAUCUUACAUAUAUUGACUUUGCUCUCUUCGAAUUAGAAGAAACAUUGAAAGCUUUCAAUGCUGAAUCAUGGGCCAAGUUUGCUAACCUCUAAAAACAUCAUCAAGAAUUUUCUAACCUUCCUUAAAUUAAGGAAUACAUGGCUUCUGGAAGAUUCUUAGCUGGUCCAUUCUAUCCACCUGGAAGAUUUAGAUGGGGAUUCUGAUC